CGCCUCAGCACUUCGGAACGGAAGUUGAGGGAGCGAACAGAACAGAAAAGAAAGGACCUUCCUACACUCGGGUCGUUCGAUAACGAUAAAGAUACCUAACAUAACACCCAAGAACCCGCCCCUAUUCGUUAUUCUCCCCCUUCGAGCUUGCGUUUCCCCUCCAUACCUCCAACUACCUACCCUGCGUAGUCUCCCUUCCACUGAGGCGUUGGUUGGUCAGGGGACUCGACUCGCGAUCCAUCAACUCGUCACGAACCGGCGCGAGAACCACAACUCGACCAACAUCCACGGCGCCAUGAACGAUCUUCCCUGUUUGUCUCUUCGAGAUGUUUGAGAUGUAGCCAGGUCGAACAAAUAUUUGCGCUAUCAAAAAAGAACAAACUGCCGCGACGUCACAUCCUUAUCAUGGAUGAUUCGGGUGACGAUUUGGCGGCUCGGGGGCCCAGACGAGUAUCAACCGCCCCUAUGCCUUCAAGAGGUUCCACGGAACCAGAAACACCCGACUCAGAUCUUGUCGAAACACUCUACAGCCAUCCAAAUGUCAAGAUAAUAUCCUUUACGGCCACCGGCCGAGCCUAUGCGAGGAGUCCUGGAGGGCCCGCCUUGAGCAAUGUUGAUCCACCAAGUUCUUUAUCAUGGUCCUCACAGCUCGAGAGAACCAUCGCUGUAGGACCCUUUCGCAUAUAUCGAGCCCCAAGAUCGGUAGCCUUUUUGAGCUGCGGUUCUGCACUACAACCAAUUCUACGAAAAAGCCAGUGCUGGUGUAUAGACGAGGUCAAUAGUAGAUUCGUCCUGCAAAUACGGCGACCGAAUUACUGGAGAAUAGAACUUCCAGUCGAUGACCCCGAAGAUCAACAGCGAGCCGAAGAACUGAGAGAAGUGUUGGACAAGAUUCUACAAUUUGAAAAGACUGAAUGCCCUUUCAAGCGCACCUUUACUGUCGAUUUGCCAGAGCAGGUUCCCGUCACAAUCCUGCCCUGGACGCCGCGCGCACAACCUAUAACCCCUUCCGAGGAGGCAACACCAGCAUCCUCUACGGACUCACGAAGGUCAUCCUUUGUUGGGAGAGCUUCUACACCUACUCCAUUAAUUCCUAGACAGCCCAGAGAUAUACCAACGAGCCCGAUACCAACCAGACCUGAAAGCGCGGCAUCUAACGUGGUGCCUUCCAACAUAUCUCUUUAUGAGGAGUAUGGAAUGAAUCUCGACCCUCUGCAACCGUUAGGUACAGGGAAUGCUGGCACGGGACCCUUGGAAGCUGUCCCAGAACGCCCAGGUGAACUAGGCUCUUCAGAUAUGCUCGAGUCUCAUGAUAGGUCAUCUGUACUCUCUUCCAGUCCCACGGAAGAUGAUUCCUCCGUGUAUCAACUCCACGAAGGCUCUGGAAAUCGAGGUGGCAAUAUGAAGGCCAGGCUACGACGACGAACUGGGAACUUCACAACAAGAUCUGCUACGAUGCCACCACACAUGAUGCCAACACUGGAUAAGUCUGCACCGUCGGCUUCCACGUCAAGGGAGCCUCUCUUAAGAAGUGUAUCGGAAACAACAAGAAAGCCGACUGGCCGUACUGCAGAUACCAUCUCUUCUCCCCAGAAGAAGAAUAAAGGAGAUGUGAAGCCCUCCCAGUCGCCGCAGCAAAAGGGCAAUGCUCAACAACCGAGAUUACUACGUAGAGAUAGCGAGGAAUCUUUCCAUAGUGUUGAGUCAUGGCAUUCGUCUGGAGCUCCACAGCAUCCUUCGCCUCCAACUUCUCAAGCAGAAUCUUCUCUGGAGGCAAAUAAUGACUCGUACGAGGCAGAUAGACUGUCAGCGGGCAAAAGAAAUAAAUCAUCACAUAGCAGGGGUAGUUCUCCCAUGCCAUGCGCAUGGGAGUCCGACUCUGAUGAUGAUAGCGAAACAUCCGACGAAAGCUCAUCGUCGGAUGCGGAUUCAGUGAGAGAGCUCAAAAACGAUGCCUUCCCCAAACUUGACGCCGGCCCGUCGACAGCAGCUAUGACUGCACCGCAGCGGCCAUUCGUUCCACGCCAUAGAGCGACGACUGGCAGUAUUUCUGUAAGGCGACGCGCCCUGUCACCUCUGCCACCAGCAGCCAACCUCUUCACACCUGCUUCAACCAUGGAACGGAGACCAUACAGGAGUAAGUUGGAGACGGUUAAGAACCUUCCAAUGGCUAUCAUUGCGAAGACUUACGAGAUGAUCUUGGGUCCUCCCAGCUCUCUCAUCCGCCUAAUCCUCAAGGUGGCAGCUAAGAUUGCUUCUGGACAAUGGCGAGGUCUCGUAUAUGGGUAUGGUGAGGAUGGCGAAGAAAUACCAGUGCAGUGGGACUACUCUGAGGGAGAAUUCAGCGACUGGAGUGAUGAUGAACACGAUCAACACGAUCGCAGUCAUAAACAAGGGAAGCGAGAGCAUCGGCAUAGCAGACACCGCAGCAGUGGCCAAGAUAUGACAGCAGACGAUGAGAUGCGCAGGCGGCCCUCAUCCUCAGACGAUAGCCGAAGCUGGGGCGUUGAUUGAUCAAUCAAGUGUGAUGUGCUUAGUACGUGCUAUGCUUAUGCUGUAUGAUGUUGAAAGGUCCGUAUUGAGAACGUUUCUAUGAAUGAGAUGCAGUGGAAUAUUGCGGUGUGGCGGGACGUUUUGGUUGGGCGCAUGGGAUAGGACCAGCCGGCGUUCACUGUAGGGUUCAAUAUAUGGAUGGAGUUUUAUACAUUUCUUCAAGAUCUAUCUAUUGGGGCUCAGGAGUUCGUAUGAGCGAGUCACUUUGGCAUUUAUUCAACAUUUAAUUGUACACUAUAGCUUUAUUUCAUGAACAUGAUGAUACU